AUGCCUCAAGCAUCUAGCCUUCCCGCCUGGGCCGAGCUCCAGGCUCACCGCGACAACGUCGGCAAGAACUUUGUACUCAAGGAAGCCUUCGCAUCCGACACGGAUCGAUUCGCCAAGUUCAGCCGUACCUUCAAGAACUCGGCCUCGGGCACCGACAUCCUCUUUGACUUUUCAAAGAACUUCCUCACCGAUGAGACCCUUCACCUUCUUGUCAAGCUCGCCGAGCAGGCCAACCUCGAGAAGAAGCGCGAUGCCAUGUUCGCCGGCGAGAAGAUCAACUUCACCGAGAAGCGCGCCGUCUACCACUCCGCCCUCCGCAACGUCGGCGACUGGGACAUGAAGGUCGACGGUGUCGACGUCAUGAGCAACAAGGGCGGCGUCCGCGAAGUCCUCGAGCACAUGAAGGAGUUCUCCGAGCAGGUUCGCAGCGGCGAGUGGAAGGGCUACACCGGCAAGAAGCUCACCACCAUUGUCAACGUCGGCAUCGGUGGUUCCGAUCUUGGCCCCGUCAUGGUCACCGAGGCCCUCAAGCACUACGGUGCCAAGGACCAGACCCUUCACUUCGUCUCCAACAUUGACGGUACCCACAUGGCCGAGGCCCUCGCCAACUCGGACCCCGAGACCACCCUCUUCCUUAUCGCCUCCAAGACCUUUACCACCGCAGAGACCACCACCAACGCCAACACGGCCAAGUCGUGGUUCCUCGAGAAGACGGACGGCAAGGGCGAGAUCGCCAAGCACUUUGUUGCUCUGUCCACCAAUGAGGAGGAGGUCACCAAGUUCGGCAUCGACGCCAAGAACAUGUUCGGCUUUGAGAGCUGGGUCGGCGGUCGUUACUCCGUCUGGAGUGCCAUUGGCCUCAGCGUUGCCAUCUACGUUGGCUACGAUAACUUCCACAAGUUCCUUGCCGGUGCUCACGAGAUGGACAAGCACUUCCGCGAGACCCCCCUCAAGGAGAACAUCCCCGUCCUGGGAGGUCUCCUGAGCGUUUGGUACUCUGACUUCUUCCAGGCCCAGACCCACCUGGUUGCUCCCUUCGAUCAGUACCUGCACCGCUUCCCUGCCUACCUCCAGCAGCUUUCUAUGGAGUCCAAUGGCAAGACCAUUACCUCUGACGGAACUCCCGCCAAGUACACCACCGGACCUAUCCUCUUCGGCGAGCCCUGCACCAACGCCCAGCACUCCUUCUUCCAGCUCGUCCACCAGGGCACCAAGCUGAUUCCCGCCGACUUCAUCCUGGCCGCCAAGAGCCACAACCCCAUUGGCGACGGCGUCCACCAGAAGAUGCUCGCCUCCAACUACUUUGCCCAGGCCGAGGCCCUGAUGGUCGGCAAGACCGCAGACCAGGUCCGCGCCGAGGGUGCCCCCGAGGAGCUCGUCCCCCACAAGAUCUUCCUGGGCAACCGCCCUACCACCAGCAUCCUGGUCGGUGGCCACAUCGGCCCUGCUGAGCUGGGUGCUCUGAUUGUCUACUACGAGCAUCUCACCUUCACUGAGGCCGCCAUCUGGGACAUCAAUGCCUUUGACCAGUGGGGUGUCGAGCUGGGCAAGGUCCUGGCCAAGAAGAUUCUCAAGGAGCUUGAUGAGGCCGGCAACGGCGAGGGCCACGACGCCUCCACCGGCGGUCUGAUUGGUGCCUUCAAGAAAUACUCCAACCUGUAA